CAUGGCCGCCGUUACAGAAUGGGGAACGUAGUGCUCAUCGGCAGGAUUUCUAUCGCAGCAGCGUCUCAUCCAAAAUCGUUACGACUUGCCAAGCACACGGCUGGAGGCGCGAACGGAGCGGAGCCGCUGGGUCCGAUGCCGGUCCGGAUGUUUGUGAGCAGACUGAAUUGCCUUUGUUAGCAGACUGGCUCCGCCGUGUUGUCAGGAGCCGCUCGGACCUCGCCAUGAGACUUAAACCGAGCAGGAUGACCUGUGUCUCGCUGGCCUGACAGCUGCUCUGCUGCCUUGUCCUCUCAUGCCUUGCUCAACGGCAGCAUCAUGAUAGGCUCCCCUGACGUCGUGGCUUUCGCAAAAGACGUGGAAUAUGGGCAGACCUCAUCGGACCACUGGGAAAUCCCCGAGGAGUUCUCCGUCCCGCUCCACCCGCAGGCCGACUCCAAUCCCUGGGCCAAAACCUCCUACGCUAAGUUCACCAAAGACUUCAUUCUCAUUUCCGAGUUUUCCGAGCAGGUGGGUCCUCAGCCUCUUCUCACCAUCCCGGAGGACCCCAAGGUCUGCGGCACCUUUGACCUCAACUACUUCUCCCUCCGGAUCAUGUCAGUGGACUACCAAGCCUCCUUCGUGGGGCAUCCGCCUGGGAGUGGAUACCCCCGGCUCAGCUUCGUGGAGGACUCCCGAGUGGUACUGGGGGACUCUAAAGAGGGCGCCUUCGCCUACGUGCAUCACCUGACAUUGUAUGACCUGGAGGCCCGGGGCUUCGUCAGACCCUUCUGCAUGGCUUACAUCUCGGCAGAUGAGAGGAAGAUCAUGCUGCAGUUCCAGGAGCUGUCCCUCCGCUUCUCACAGGCCUCCGAGUGUCUGAAGACUGGCAACAGGAGAGCCUUCGCCAAGGAGCUCCAGAGGAAGCUGCAGGACCUGGAGUACACCCAGUCAGUGCUGCAGAAGGAGGAGGGGCUGCAGCGCGGGGCGGAGCCUAAGCGCAUGUACUCGCCUCACGCGGUGGAAAAAGCCAACGAACUGGCCAACGUGGAGAAGAGCAUCUUCGAACACCGAGACCUGCUGAGGCAGAUCAGCUCAUACCCCUGCCGCCCGCGCCGCGACCCUCACGCCGCCCCCUGCCUGAGGUGCCUGAGCCAGUGUCUGCGCGAGGGCGAGCAGCUGCUGGAGAAAUACCCGCUCAGUCAGCCCAGCGAGAAGGAGGCUGAGGACCAGCCGGUGGAGCAGGAUGAAAGUGUCACGCGCCGCUCAUCCUACACGCCGCAGCUGAUCAAGGCCAAGUCUGCCAAGUGCUUCGACAAGCAGCUGAAGACUCUGCAGGAGCUCUGUGACCAGACCUUCUACCAGGCCACCGUGGACCUCCUGAAGAAGACAGAGAAGAGUUUCCGGGGAGAGUUGUGUUACCUCCAAACACGCCACCUGGACCGAGCGCUGCGGACGAAGCAGAGCAUGACCAACUUCCUUUUUGAGGACACCUGCGAGGAGGAGGAUGAAGAUGGAGUUGAAGAAGUGCCGAGGCCCUUCUGUGCGGUCAACCACGCCGAGGACGGCUUCAUCCUCCUGAAUCCUCCACCCAUCGUGCUCACGCCCGAACCUGCCGGAGCUCUGGAGCCCACGUCAGAGCCCAGUCUGGGAGUGGAGGAUGGUCAGCUGGAGUCAUCGCAGGAGAGCUUCAGCAGCGAGCUCAGAAUUCAAACCGAUCCCGAGAGGGAGAGCAGCAGCGAGGAGCUCCAGACCACCGGCUGGGGAGACAACGGCGACCACACCCCCGUGUCUCUGCUGGAGCUGGAGGUCACCCGGGAGGACGCCUUCCAGGCGGACGCAGAGCUGUUAGCCCCGGCGGACACAGCGUGCUGCAUGGCCCAAGAUGGCUUCCUGUACGAGGACGCGGCGCCGGUGUCGAGCCGGCAUCUGGGGUUGCAGCCGCCAGUGGUGAACCAGGAGCCCCAGGCCCUGCUGCCCCUCCAGGGUGACUACACCGUGGGCUCCCCGUCCUCCCUGGAGCCGCCUGCAGGGGACAGUAUUUCUCACAUCUCCGUGGAAGACGGCUCCGACUGCACCAUGAGUGUGUCCACUGAGUCAGAUUGUGCGGCGUCACCUCUGGGCUACGGAGUAGCCGUGACCCUGCGGCAGAAGAGGAAGGCCGGGCAGGCCGCCCUGAGGUUCGUCCGCCAGUACCCCUUUGCAGCGCAGGCCCUGUGGUGUCUGAUGAGCGGGCGCCCCCUGGUGGUCCUCGGGGAGGAUGAGGGGAGGGUCCGCCGACUGGUCGCUGCUCUGGCGCUCUUUGUUCCAGCGGCGGGGAGGUGUGCGGAGCGAGUCCAGGCCUGGCUGACCGGCGCCAUCACCCUGACGGACCUGCAGAGGUGGAGGCUCAUCGGGCUGCAGAGGGCAGCGUCUCCCGCUGGCUCCAGCCUGCUCCACUCCCUGUCCCGCUACAGUCGCUACAUUUCUAUCCUGGACCUGGACCACAAGACCCUCCGCUGCCCGUCCUACCAGGGUCAGCUGAUGUCCAACCUGGCCGACCACCGCACCGCCAUCCGCCGCGGCUCCACCUACUUCCUGCACCUUCAGGGCAGCUUGUGCGGGCUGGCAGCCAAAGCCUUCCUCUACAGCUUCACUCACCACCUGCACCUGCCGGUGGGCUGCUGCGAGGGGCCCGAGGCUGUGGAGGGCCGGCGCCGCUGCUUCCUGCAGGAGCAGCUGGGACUGAGCCCGGACGACGCUCGGAUCCUGAUCUACCUCAGUCAGCUGAUCACUCAGCAGUACCUAAUGUCUGCCACCGGGGGCGACGCUGCGCCUCCCACUUUUACCUUUGACUACACCAGCAGUGUUUUAUACAAAAUAUGACGGCGCCAUGGGCCGGGAGGUUCCGUUCCUUCCACCGACCCAGGUCCGGUUUUAUCUUCCAGUGUGGGCUGGACUUUACUUCUGCCUCGCCAGUGAGUCCGGGCUCUCAGUCUUUGACAUCCUCAAACAUUAUGACCACCUGCUCAUGCAUUAGCUUCCUACAACAACUACGGCUGUUUCCUGUCCAUGCCCUGGUGUUGCUCCAUCUGAGUCUUUGAUGGAUGACUCAGCUCAUGAUGGAGGCACAAGCUCACCAAAUAGAAAAUGCCCGCGGUCAGACGGAAGAGUCCCAGACCUCCUGAGGUCCAGUUGUCACAGCUGCACCGCGAGUGAACAUGUCUGAGUUUGGUUCAAACCAUUUCAGGUUGUAAGUCAGUGUCUUGGUGCAAUGGUCCCUGCAGGCCUCCAGGCUUUGCUGCAUGACAAGUGUGUGACGUGGUGUCCUGGUGUUGCAUGUCAGCCGUGUUGAAGCUCACCGUUGUCUGAGUCAUGUGCCCUGGUGUCAGCAUGAGACCGUCUUGUGCUGGUCCACCUACAGAGGUGGAGAUGUUGAGGAGAGGCCUUCACUGUGGAGAUAUGGACAUGGAGCUCGGCGCCUCUCUAUCAUUCCAUGAGUGGGACACACCAAUCUCUGCUUGUUUAUCUGAUGGGUUUAUGAAUCAGUCAGAAUUUUUAUUUGUCAAACUAACUAUUCAAACUUGCCUCUAAAAUCGCACCAGAAAGCCUCAACAUUAUGACCACCUGGAUACAGCCUGCGGCUGAUGGGGAGUGUAACUUGUUCAAGCCAUACAUUCCACCGUGUGCUUCACAUAACGACGUCCCGGAGUUGAUGUUGCCAUGUUCCACUGCAUCCGAGGGAUGGCGGUGUUGCCAUGUUUGCUGAGCACGAUCUGAAUGUCUGCUGGUUUUUAAUGUAUUCAUAUCACAUUAAAUUAUUGAAAUCCAUAAUCUCAGUUGGAUUUAACUUGUCACAACAUGGCUGAUCAAGGCGCUGCUCACAGACAAGCAGAGAGUGAGGGGGGCAAGUCAACCACUUUUAUUCAAAUUCAACACAUUUCCUGAUAUAAACACAAUAAAAUCAGUAUUAACAAUAGAUGGAAUUUCAGGCCUGCUCAGGACAAAAAUUGUACUUAAAAAAAAAAAAAAGAUGUCAAUCAAACAAGUGGCCCCGAAAACGUGUUCUCCUGUGCUGGUAUCAAAACAUGUUCCCGUGAAGGCAGCUCUCUCUGGUGGGAUUGUUCGUGAUGAGUUGAGGAUGGUUGAAGGUCUCAGCCAGAACAUCCCCUGCAGCCACAGUGGGUGCACUCGAUGAUCUUACCCUGGGAUCAAACACGUAGCACUCAAGACUCCGCCACAAGGCCACUGACUUGCACUAUUCCGCCUCACCACUUCCAGUUUGCUCUUGGGGACUCUGCAGAUACAGUUGGUUCCGAAGUUGGUGUCGCGGGUUUGGAUGCAUCGCAGGCAGCACAGGUUCUCGUAGCCCUGCUUUUUCCACUUGGCGAUGAGGUUCUUGUCUGCAUAGCCCUCCUUCACACAGUAGUCGUAGAGUUCUGGUGGAAGAGGACACGUCUCAGCACACAAGUCGCGACUCGCUCCAGCACAAACACAGGUCGUACCUCUGCUGAUGGCUUUCCUCUUGAAGAAGAGGUCGUAGAUGUAGCGGCUGCGCUGAUGGUGGAGUCUGAAAAUGGGCCACAGAGCCUCCACUUUGCGUUUUCCUUCAUGUGGGUCCGUUUCAGCUUUGGGAGACGACAAAAGGUGUUCGAGUUCGAGGCACUCAUUUAUGAGACAACAAUAAAUAUGGCCGCCAUCUUAAAACAUUUUCUAUAUUGUCUACUUUCACACCUGUUAAUGUAUAUCAACACAAUUUCUAUCAAUACAACGCACAUGGCAAAUUGUGCUUAAAAGUCCGCGGAUUUAAACAUUAUACAUUAUACAAAAC